AAACAGGCAUUCAGGUGCUGCCGGACAAUGGGGCAUUAUACCUUCAAAAUGUGAAUUUCUAGCAAGUGUGCUUCCAGGAAUUCAUCCCAGGGAAUAUCUAUGGUGUGUACAGAGCAAUUCCGUGCCAAAGAUGGAUAAAGAGGAUAUCCCAAUCUGCCUGUGUGACGACAUGAGGCCACAGAGGCAGGCCUCUUUCCUUUCCCUUCUCCCAGAUCUGCCCAGGCCAGUGCCCCACCCUGAUGGCAUGGACUCUGCCCUCUGCCUGGGGCGCUUUCUCUCACCCAAGCCCUGGCAUUUGCCUAUGCAAAGCCCUGAGCAGAGAAGGGAGGUGGCUAGAGGGAGGGCAGCAUGCACUGGGAAACUCGCUCAGGCUGAGGUUUACAGUGGGGUGGUGUCCAGAACCUCCUACUGACCCUGAUUCCAAAUGAGGCCCCCUUGGGUGAGGGAAAUUGCCCCCUGCCUUAUGGUUUAAAUGUGGAAGAAAGGUCAGCUGGGAGUGGAGGACAAAGAAGAGACCCAGUAGAACCAAUUCUGGGUCCCAGGAAUUGUCUGGUCUUCCCCUCCAUCCCUGGGUGUCUCUCCAGUGCCCCCAGCCUGGCGGCCUCCAAAGAUGCAAGUACAUGGGCUUAUUUCUCCUUUGCACCAACAACCAGGAUGCCACCGAAAUAAUAAGCACCAGAAAGCUCCAGGGCCUUAGAAGUCCUCGUGUCAUCAUUCAUGAUCGAGACAAGAGGUCAUGUGAGGACAGAGAGAAAGCAGCUGUUUACAAGCCAAGAAGAGAGGCUGCAUCACAAACCAACCCUUAUGGCACCUUGAUCUUGGACUUCUAGCUCCAGAACAGAGAUGCAAAUGAUGGGAACAAUGGAGCCCUUGUCCCCAGGCCAUUUGUGGCAGAUCCUGGGCUCCAGGGAGGCAAAGCUUCUCUGCCUCUGCCAUGGACAAGCGCAGUGGGAGCAGGCCCCGGCUGUGGCCACCGCUCCCACCCCCCAGAUGUGUAGACUCCCCAGGUUGGAGAGAAGAUGCUCCCAGCCCUUCCUUUCUGCCUGCCCCAGGGACUUGGAGACACAAGGCCCAGGAGGAGGACGAGGAGGAGAAUAAGUACGAGCUGCCGCCCUGUGAGGCUCUGCCCCUCAGUCUAGCCCCUGCCCACCUUCCUGGCACUGAGGAGGACUCCUUGUACCUGGAUCACUCUGGCCCCCUGGGUCCGUCGAAGCCAUCGCCACCCCUGCCUCAGCCCAGCAUGUGCCCACAGCUGACGGGAGCAGUGAGCCUGCCGGUGGCCAGGAAGCAGAGACCUGUCUUCGGGAGGCGAGGUGGUUCUCUCCUUUUCCUUCCAGAGCAGGGUGCAUCAUCCAGAGUGGUGAGCAGCCCCUCCAUCUCCGCCUCACUUUCCAUGGUUCUGGUUAGGAAACCGCAGGGGUGGGGUGGGGUGGGGGGCUAGAGAGGAGAAAUAUCCCUGAAACCAAGGGAAAAGGCCCAGAGCAGGGCCCCUGCCCCUCGGCCACAGGCCCCUGGCAGGCAAUGAGCCAGCUGUCCUGAGGGUGCUGCCCAGGGCUCCUCCUCACAGUCUCAGAGAGCUGGGGCCCAUGGGCACCUCUGAAGGGGAAGGUGCUAGUGGGAUGCCCCCUCUUGGACAGAGGAGAAAUCGUAAUCAUUCAAGCUGGCUCCCAGAAAGGAUCACCAUGUGAGGAGGGAGUGAGGUGCCUGCCACCCCUCCAAAUCGAUGGCUCCUCCCCCAAAACCCCUAGUCCUUAAUGGAACCCCAGGACUGGUUAAACCCAUGGUCCCACACACCCCUCCCUACCUUAGGUGCUAGGCCCUCCAAAGAAACCUGAUGAGGACCUCUACUUGGAAUGUGAGCCCGAUGCAGGUGAGCCCCUCCCUCAGC